CGCCAUAAGCACCCUCAUAUCCGUCCCCCACCCAUGUCCGCUCAGCGACACCACACCCCACCAUGGCGAACUCCAAAUACGAAUACGUCCGCCUCUUCGAAGACCACCGCGCGCUCCUACCCAACACGUGGACAGUGAUCCGCGUGGACGGGCGGGGCUUCCACAAAUUCAGUGCGCGACACGGCUUCGCGAAGCCGAACGACGCGCGCGCGCUGCAGCUCAUGAAUGCGGCUGCGGUCGAGGUCGUCAAGGAGCUCCCCGACGUCGUGCUCGCCUACGGCGUUAGCGACGAGUUCAGCUUCGUGCUGCGCAGGGGGAGUGGGAUUUUUGAGAGGCGGGAGAGCAAGAUCGUCACCCUGAUCACGAGCGUAUUCACCGGGUGGUACAUAUACCUGUGGCCGUCUUUUUUCCCCACGGCUUUAUCCCCGCCCCUACCCAGCUUCGACGGGCGGGCAGUCUCGUACCCCUCCGUGCGGAACCUGCGCGACUACAUUUCGUGGCGGCAGGUGGACGCGCACAUCAACAACCUGUACAACACGACGUUCUGGGCGCUGAUCCAGCAGGGCGGGAUGAGCGCCGCCGAGGCGGAGAAGGAGCUCGUGGGAACACUCGCAAAAGAUAAACAUGAAAUCCUCUGGAAGAGGUUUGGGAUUAAUUAUAACGAUGAGAACGAGAUGUGCAAGAAGGGCAGUGUUGUGGUCAGGGAGUAUGAGAAACCUCCUCCCCCGCUGGAGGAGGUGCAGGGGGAAGGCGAGGACAGGAUGACGAAGGGUCAAAAGGAGAGGAGGAAAAAGGCUCUCAGGAAGGGGAAGGUCGUCGUCAGGUUUUGUGACGUUAUUAAGGAUGCGUUUUGGCAGGAGAGGCCGUGGAUUUUGGGUGCCGCGGUGGAAGAGGAGCAGGAGGAGCAGGAGGAGGAAAAGGAGAAGGAAUAGACGGAAUGAAGAGGAUUGGGUGCAUCGUGUGAUAUCGUGUGAUAGGCUGGCCGACGGGGAAACAACGUCUUUCACGAGCCCCCUUGUAUUUUUACCCUUUGAAUGUAAUUUUCAUCUGAGUUUUAAUCCACAGACUUUUCUU